GCAGAUGCCAUCAUCAUUUAAUUCUCUCUCCUCCCACACACACACACUCUUUCUCUCUCUCUAUUCAUUGUUGUUAGAGGCUGUGUCAUUGCUGGCUGUUGUUGUCGCUGAGAGCAGCUGAGAGCAGCAGCAGCGACUCUCCCGUGUUUCGGUGUGGCCGUGGGCUCUCUUCCCACGUAUGGCUUGCCUCACUGCUGCGUUCUCCUCCAAGAUAGCCAAGAGCUUGGGCGUGAACAUGGAGAAGGAGGGCGAUCACGUGAACGUGGCGAUGGAGCCCAUCGCGUGCCCGCUGCCGCCGUCUGCGAUGUCCGGUGGUGGCGGCGCGGCGGCGGCGCCCGACGUGCCGCUGCUCGCCACGCACCUCAAGAAGGUGGAGAACCACAUCACGGAGGCACAGCGCCUCUCGCACCUGCCCCGUCGGCCCGCACUCGAGCUCGAGUUCCAGGAGCUGAGCUACUCUGUCCGCGAGGGCUCCUGCUGGAGGAAGCGAGGCUACAAGACGGUGCUCAAGUGUCUCUCGGGUAAAUUCUGCAGCCGAGAGCUCGUGGGCAUCAUGGGACCAUCGGGCGCGGGAAAAUCGUCGCUCAUGAACAUCCUGGCCGGAUAUCGGAAGACGGGGAUGAAGGGACAGAUCCUGGUGAAUGGGAAUCCACGCGACCCGCGCACCUUCAGGAAGAUGUCCUGCUACAUCAUGCAGGACGAUGUCCUCCUGCCACACCUCACAGUGCAGGAGGCCAUGAUGGUCUCCGCAAAUUUGAAAUUGCAAGAGAAAUUGGACGAGAAAAAGAGGCUGGUGUUUGAGAUCCUGACGGCGCUGGGCCUGCUGGAGUGCCGCGACACGCGCACGUGCCGGCUCUCCGGCGGGCAGCGCAAGCGCCUCGCCAUCGGCCUGGAGCUCGUCAACAAUCCCCCCGUCAUGUUCUUCGACGAGCCGACGAGUGGCCUGGACAGCUCAUCGUGCUUCCAGGUGGUGUCCCUCAUGAAGACGCUGGCCCUGGGGGGACGCACGGUCAUCUGCACGAUCCACCAGCCCAGCGCCAAGCUCUUCGAGAUGUUUGACAAGCUGUACAUCCUGAGCCAGGGCCAGUGCAUCUACAAGGGCACGGUGACGGAGCUCGUCCCGUACCUGCGAGGACUUGGCCUCCACUGCCCCACCUACCACAACCCCGCCGACUUCGUGAUCGAGGUCGCCUCGGGGGAGUACGGCGACCUCAACCCCAUCCUCGUGUCGGCCGUGACUGAGGGCCGCUGCAGCAUGGAGCCCAAGAAGUCCCUGGACGGGGACGGGGCCCUGGAGGUCGUGCCAUCGGACGCGCACAGGAACGGCGCGCUCACCGAGCGAAGUGCUGUCAGUGAAAACUGCCACAGCUUCUCAACGGGUGGAUUCACGCAAUUCUCAAUCCUAUUCAAGCGCAGCAUCCUCUCCAUCAUGAGGGACAUGGUGCUCACCCACAUGCGCCUGGGCUCCCACAUCGCCAUCGGCCUCCUCAUUGGCCUGCUGUACCUGCACAUCGGCAACGAGGCCACCAAGGUCUUCAACAACUCCGGCUUCCUCUUCUUCUCCAUGCUCUUCCUCAUGUUCGCCGCCCUCAUGCCCACCGUGCUCACCUUCCCUGAGGAGAUGGGAGUGUUCAUGAGGGAGCACCUCAACUACUGGUACAGCCUCAAGGCCUACUACCUUGCCAAGACGAUGGCCGACAUUCCCUUCCAGGUGGCCUUCCCCAUGGCGUAUUGCGCCAUCGUCUACUGGAUGACGUCGCAGCCGCCUGAGCUGCUGCGCUUCGUCCUCUUCACGGCCAUCUCCGUCAUGACGUCGCUGGUGGCGCAGUCGCUGGGCCUUCUCAUCGGCGCCGCCUCCACCUCCCUACAGGUGGCGACGUACGCCGGUCCGGUCACCGCCAUCCCCGUGCUGCUCUUCUCCGGCUUCUUUGUCAGCUUCGACACCAUCCCCACCUACCUGCAGUGGAUCUCCUACAUCUCCUACGUCAGGUACGGCUUCGAAGGCGUCCUCAUUUCCAUCUACGGGCUGGAUCGCGCCGAGCUGAACUGCAACUCCACGGCCGCCCUGUGCCCAUUCCAGCAACCGACGGCCGUGCUGGAGCAGCUCGCGGUGCAGGACGGCAAGCUGUACCUCGACUUCAUCAUCCUCGCCGUGUUCUUCCUGUGCCUGCGCCUGCUGGCCUACGUCGUGCUGCGGAUCCGCGUCAAGGCCGAGAGAUAAAAGCUCCCCCCCCCUCCCGUGCGGG